AUGAACAACCCUUUUAGAAGAUCGUCCCAGCUGAGCGACGAUGACCCCUUCGACGUCCCAGAGAACUACUACGGUGCCGACACCGAUCCCGCCCAGGCGCCCAAGAACUCCCGUUUUGGCCGGGUCAGGACGUUUUCUGUGUUUGAAUCAAAGACCAACCGUUUGAACAUGUUGCUGCCUAACGCUUCCCAGUCUUCUACUGAGGACGGCUUGGAUGACCAGCAAUCUCUGGAAUCCUCUCCGACGCCUCCUCCGCCUCGCGUGGACUCGCUCAGAAGAGGCCUGAUUGUGCCUAUCUACCACGAUACCAUCAGCACGGACUCCUUGGGUGGCACCACCAAACCCGUGGAGACUAGAGCUCCGCUUACUCAGCGUAGAGCGUCGCUUGACUCCUCCAUCAUGGCGCCAAAGAAGUUCUACAUCAACGAUAUCGAUUUGACCCUCAGGGAGCUCUUGCAGAACGAGGACACAGACCACAACUUCCAGAUCACGAUCGAGGACCUGGGGCCCAAGGUUUUGAACCUCGGAACGGUCAACUCCAACGGCUACAACCAGUUCGCCGUGAGGGGAAACUACCAGCUCUCCAACUUGCUUCAGGAGCUCACCAUCGCCAAGCGGUUUGGCCGGAACCAGAUGAUCUUGGACGAGCAGCGUCUUUGCGAGAACCCCGUUCGCCGUAUGAAACGUCUUAUCCUGACCCAAUUCUGGAGAGCUCUCACCAGAAAGAUCACGAGGGAGAAUAUCGUGGAUAUGGCCAGAGACACCAAGAUCGUGGAGGAGUACACCAACGAGAAGGGCGAACUCGUGAGAAAUGCAGAGUCCGUGAGGUUGUAUGUGCCCCACGACAGGCCUGACCAGUACAAGUACUUCAGCUCGAUUAAGGAGGAGCACCCUGACAUCACUUUGGACGUGCAAUAUCUCCCCAAGAAGAUAGACGCUACUUACAUCAAGUCGAUCAACAAGAAGCCCGGCCUUUUGGCCUUGGAAGCGAAAACCGCCAAAGACGGCGAGCUACUCAACGAGCCUUACGUGGUUCCCGGUGGCAGAUUCAACGAGCUUUACGGCUGGGACUCCUACAUGAUCGUGUUGGGUCUUCUCUUAGACGCCACUCCCGAAAACCAGACAAACUUGCAGUUGUCUCGCGGCAUGACCGAGAACUUCAUCUACGAAAUCAACUACUACAACAAGAUAUUGAACGCAAACCGGUCGUACUACUUGGGCCGCUCGCAGCCACCCUUCUUGACCGACAUGGCUCUUAGGGUCUUCGACAAGACGCUUGAGAUCAACCCAGGAAGCAGCGAAGACGCCUUGGAUUUCCUUGAGAGGGCCGCUAUUGCCGCAAUCAAGGAAUAUGAGACUGUCUGGUGCUGCACACCCCGUCUCGACGAACGCACUGGUCUCUCAUGCUACCAUCCUGAAGGUGAAGGUAUUCCCCCAGAGACCGAGGCCUCCCAUUUCAAUGCCAUUCUUGCACCAUACGUGAAGAAGCAUAACGUAACACAGUCAGAGUUCAUCGAGAUGUACAACAACAAAAAGAUCGAGGAGCCUGUCUUGGACGAGUACUUCUUACAUGAUCGAGCAGUUCGUGAGUCGGGCCACGACACUUCCUACCGUUUGGAAGGCAAGGCAGCUUACUUGGCGACAGUUGACUUGAACUCUUUGAUCUACAAGUACGAGGUGGACAUUGCGCAUAUUAUAGAAACCCACUUUGGCGGCAAGUUGCUUGAUCCACGUACGGGUGAGACCAACACUACUGCUCAGUGGCAGGAGAGGGCAGCCCUUCGCCAGCAGAGAAUGACCAAGUACUUGUGGAACGAGGAUGAUUCGAUGUUCUACGACUACCACAUCAAGGAGCAGCAGCAAAGCAAGUAUGAGCUGGCCACCUGUUUCUGGCCGUUGUACUCUGGUGCUGCCACAGAGGCUCAAGCAGAUAAACUUGUGCGUAACUCUCUCCACAAGUUCGAAGAAGACGGAGGACUUGUGUCUGGUACAUUGCGUUCUCGUGGAGAGGUGAACAUCGACAGACCCUCGCGGCAGUGGGACUAUCCUUUCGGCUGGGCACCUCAGCAAAUGUUGGCUUGGAUUGGAUUGACAAACUAUAAUUACAACGGCGCUGCUCGACGUCUUGCCUAUCGUUGGCUCUACAUGAUGACUCGAGCAUUUGUGGACUACAACGGUGUUGUUGUCGAGAAGUACAAUGUGCUUGAAGGAGCCGUUCCCCAUCGUGUUGAUGCAGAGUACGGCAAUCAGGGAGCUGACUUCAAAGGUGUCGCUACAGAAGGUUUUGGCUGGGUCAAUGCCAGUUACCUCUUUGGUCUCACCUUCAUGAACUUGCAGGCACAAAGAAGUCUCGGUGCAUUGAUCCCUCCCGAUGUUUUCUUCAAGAACCUCACCGAGUCCCAGAAAGAGCUCUACACAUAA